AUGGACCUGCCCGCGCGGCCCGUCGUGCCGCCCUUCCUCACGCAGCUGGUGGCCUCGCGCACGCUCGCGGCGAAGCAGAGCGGACGGCCACAUGUCACGCUGACGUGGGCGCAGUCGCUUGACGCCAAGCUCGCUGGGCCUGGCGGCGCGCGCGUCAUCCUGAGCGGCAAGGAGAGCAUGCUCAUGACGCAUUGGCUGCGGACGAUGCACGACGCGAUCCUUAUCGGCGUCAGCACCGCCGUGCUUGACGACCCCCGACUGAAGAUCCAGCUCGUGCCCCAGGACGAUCCCUCCCUCCUCCCCCCGCAGCCGAUCGUCUUCGACCCCUCCCUCCGCCUCUCGCCCACGGCGCGCAUGAUCUCCGAGUGGGCCAAGCACGGCGCGAACAACGAGCAGGCUGUCGGGCCGGGUAUUGUGCGGCAGCCGUGGAUCGUGUGCGGGGAGAAGGCGAGCCUCGAGCAGGAGCGCGUGCUCGUGCAUGCUGGGGCUAGGGUUAUCCGAGUCGUGCUGGACGAUGAUGGCCUCGUGCCCCCCACCGCCCUGCCGGAAAUCAUGACCGAGCUCGGCCUGUCCUCGAUCAUGAUCGAAGGCGGCAGCCGCGUGCUCUCGACGUUCCUGCACGCCGGCGACCGCCCAGACGGGAGCAAGCUCGUCGACAGCGUCAUUGUGACCGUCGCGCCGGCGUUCAUAGGCGAGGGCGUCGGCGUCGUGCCAGUCGGAGAAGACGUCGGCCUCCCGCCGCUCAAGUACCUCCACACCGAGACGAUGGGCAAGGACGCAGUCAUGGUCGACUCGGCGGCCAAGACGAUCCUGAUGCACCUCGACUCGCAGAGGGAAGGCCAGGCAAAGUUUGUGCUCAAGGACAUCGACGACCACCACGUCCUCGUCAAGACCGCACACGUCGAGGAGAUCCGCGACGCGCUAGCGAGCGAGCUCGAGAAGAACACCUAUGUGCCGGAUCCCGACAUGCGGUAGGCGACAGCACAGCGGGUAUAGACCGGCGGAAUGCGCGCAGAGCCGGCGGGCAGUGUUCGUGCGUGCUCGGAGGGGGGUGGGCGGAUGCGCGGC